AUGUCUAUCAACACCCAUAAAGGUUCAACAUUCUAUCAGUCUCAAGAUGUACACGAUAUUGCGAGUCUUUUUGUUGAUUCUAGAAUUAAUUCUGAAGACAUUCACGCAACUGGUACCGACGACAACCGGAUUUCAUUUAAUUCUCAAAGCAAACCCAAUCUACAGCAUCUUAUUCGCCCUAGUUCUGAUGAUGUUAAUUCACGAACGCCCAGGGAAGAGUAUUUGUCUAUUCAUCGUGCGCAAAUGAGAGCUCCUGAAUCAUAUUCUCAUGAUUCCAAGUCCUCUCAAUUUUACGGCGAUAUUAAUGACCAUUCAGUGCAAAGAAAUCCUAAUCUUACUACCGUUUCCCGAGCCCCUGUCGAUAUUCCUCCCUUGGCUCAAAGCCAUAGAACAUCUUCCAAGCUUCUAGUCACUACUACUCUUCCUCCGCCGGUCCGCAUUUUCAGAGGAACCCAGCAACUAAGUGCUCCUGGGCCAAUGCGGGUUUUUGGAGGCCCUAUUAAUAAAAUUCCCCAAACUCCGUACCUUCAUAGUACCUUUGCUUAUCAAAAUCCUAGUGCUUCAGGAAGUGUAACUUCUCGACAUAUAUCGGAAGGUAUACAAUCUUUCUAUUUACAUCCGGAAGAUCCGGGAAACGAGCAAGUUUAUCCAAAACCUCAGAUUUCCAAUUUCGCGGACAAUAUUAUACAUCAUUCUACUGGACUGAAGUCUUCCGCUACACCCCUAAUCCUCCGCACAGACCACUCACAUCCUCCUAGAUAUGCACCUCCAGUUUUACCACUUCCACCAGAAAAUCUAUACAGAAAGGCACCUCGAAGAGCUACACGUACCCCAAAAAAACAAACAUGCUUCAAGGAUAAUUCAAGAAAUAUUCAUUUGGCUCGGCAGCCUGCUUAUACAAACCCCUUUAAAAAUCCUUCUUACCUUGAUGAUCAGGAUAGAGUACCUCCGAUUGAAAAUGUAAAUUCCUUUAAUGAUAAUAAUAUCUAUCUCAGAGCACCGAUGCUAGACGGGGAAUCUUUGUACGAUGGGCUAUACGACAAUUUCGAUCCGGUCCCCAACCAGGCUUCAAAGGACAUGCUUUUGCGUAUCACCGAAAAUUGUCGAAUUGAACAAUCUAAUACUUUACACAAAAUCGAUACACCUGCUGUAUUUAAUCCUGAGCUUCCUCCGUUGCAUCCGCACGACCAUCUUACUCAAGCAAAUUUAGAUUAUCCACCUCAUGGGUUAAAUCUGCCACUUGUAAGAAAUAAUCUCACUAUUCAGGAGCUGCAUAAGCGGCUAUUUGAAACAUCCGUUAAUAACACCCAAGCUAGAUAUGAUCUUCAAAGAGCUAUUGAAAAUCAUCAAGAUUAUCGCCAGACUCUAGAGAGGGUUUCUUCGCAAUUUCACGCAUAUAAUCCCAGAGGCUCUGUCUUAUCAAAUCGUGGCAUAUACUCUCUCGAUCCCAACCAACUUAUAGCUCCAACAGUCCCGUCUGCACACACUGAAGAAGUCUAUGACGCUAAUCAUCAAUAUUGGGAGUGUAGAUUCGCCAACAUUUGUCCAAUAGAGAACCCUGGCCGAAAGCCACGAGUUGUGGAUUUGGGUGACGGUAACUUCCAACUGCCUAGAUCCUCGGCAGGAAGCCUAGGUGGUGGGGACAAUAAUGCUGGCGACUCAUUUCCAACCAAUAGCUUCUUACAGGAAAUUCAAAGAGCACAGGCUUUGCUUCCAUUUAAGCCUCGCAAUCAAACAAUUAGCAAUGCCAAUAUGACCCAGGAAAGCCAGAAUACUAACAAUAGAGAGUGUUUAAAUGUCUCUGGAUUUGGUGCCAAUACACUUCCACCACCGAUCCCCGAUAAGACGCAAAUAGGAACACUACCUCCAGUACACUGUACGCGCACAAUGUUGGAGAAUUUUAAUCGCUCUAUCCCAAAUGCGCAUACAGUUAUAGAUCCUAAUGAGCACCGUAUCUCAAAUGCGCACAACGAAGUCGACGACUAUCUGAAUUUUCUUAUACCAUUAGAGCGCCCAAAAAAAGAAAUAAGCUGCGUUCCUGAAAAAAAAACCAGACACAAGCCAAGCUUAAGAAUAGAUCCGUUGCAUAAGGCAAAAAUAGCGUUUGGCGGGAAAGAAGUCAGUCCAGGUGCCAAGCGUAUUGAGAAUUUUAUCGACCCACCAAAACCACAAAAAUAUGUCUUGAGCAAAAAUCCUGUGAUUUAUUUAAAGUACAAAAACCGAUACAACCAUUGCUAUCAUGAGAAUCCAUGGGUUAAUGCCGGGCUUAGUCCUAGUAUUACCGAGUCAGGAACCGAAAACCAACCUAGGACAGCUCUUGAGGAAUUGAAAAAAGUUAUGCCUUUAGGUAAAGUGCAAGGCAAACAAAGAUUCGAUACGUAUAUGAUGCAACGAGAUUUAGGAUUUGGUGCCAAUGGUGUUGUAAAAGAAAGUUUGAUUCCUCUCAAGAAGCCAGGAACAUAUCUCGCAGUAGCCAUCAAAACCUGCAGUUUCGAUACAGCUUACACAGAUGAGAACGAAUACAUCCUGCGUGAAAUCGCUAUAAUGAAUAGAAUGAGACACAAACGAAUUAUCCAAAUUUACGAAGUGUGUCUGCUUGGUAAAGUAGCAAAACUGGCAAUUGAAUUAAUGGCUUGCUCUAUUGGAAGACUGGCCAGUGCAAUGGAAGAACCAAUGCAGGAAAAUAUGGCAAUGCGUAUUACGAGAGAUGCUCUCGAAGGACUUGCUUAUCUUCACUCCAGAAAAUACAUACAUAGAGAUAUAAAGUGUGAUAAUAUGAUGAUCGACUGGGGAGGUGUCGUCAAGAUUGGUGAUUUCGGUCUUGCGAUUCCAUUCAAUAAAAUCAAGCGUGGUGUGGCUGGGACUUUUAGAUGGAUGGCACCGGAAGUAAUUAGUAAAGAAAGAUAUGAUUCUCGGGCUGAUAUUUGGUCUCUUGGAAUAUCCUUAAUUGAGAUGAUGGACCGUUUACCACCAUAUGGAAACAGUUUUGAAAACGCCAAGGAGCUUGAAAACCAUAUUAUCUGUGGACCAACUCCAUUUUAUAUGACGUUUGAUCCCACUAUACAUAUGAGAAAUAUUACAAAGUCUAUGCUCACCCGAGAUCCUCAUAAAAGACCAAGAGCAAAGGACUUACUUAGUAUAAUCAAUGGCAUGUUCGAUCGAGGGGAUUAUGCUUAUGUAACCUCACAGGUUCUAGCUGACACAGUGAAGACAUAUAUCCUCCCAAGCCAAACAUAUCUAGCUAAGAAAGCACCAGUUCAGCAAGGCUAG